GGAGCGGGACUCCAAAUGGGUCGCAGUCGCAGCCGCUCCCCACGGAGGGAAGGUAGGCGUUCCCGGUCCACAUCCCGUGAGAGAGAACGCAGGCGCCGAGAAAGGUCCAGGUCUCCGGAGAGAGAUGGGAGAAGGAACCGCUCGCGAUCCCCGCACCUAAGACGCUCCCGAUCUCCAAGACGACAUAAAUCCACAUCUCCUUCCCCUUCUCAACCGAAUGAAAGAAGAGAUGAGGAAAAGAAAGAAACAAAGAGCAAAGAAUGGCAGAUUACUGAGGAAGACUUAGAGGGCAAAACAGAGGAAGAAAUAGAAAUGAUGAAGUUAAUGGAAUUUGCCUCCUUUGACUCCACAAAAGGUAAGAAGGUGGAUUGCUCUGUAAAUGCCUAUGCCAUAAAUGUCUCUCAGAAGAGGAAGUACAGGCAGUACAUGAAUCGAAAAGGUGGAUUCCACAGACCUUUGGAUUUCAUUGCAUGAGAACUGAAAUGUUGAAGAAUGAUUUUUUCCCCCUCAUCUUGGUCAGAGAGUGGAUUUU